AUGACAAGCGACAUGGUGUCGGCAGGAUUUGCACAUAAUGGAUCAAUGCGUAGACUACAUAAUAUAUUAAAUGACGUAUUAUCGCAAAAUCGGUCUCUUAAAAUUGGUAUAAUAGGAGGAUCUAUUUCGGCAGGUGGCGGUCUCGGGGGAGAAGAGUUUAUUUAUUCCAGUAUACUGGAAGAUUUGCUGUGUCCUGUAUUGAAUGGCCGUAUUGAAAUACAUAACGCAGCAAUAGGUGCAGCAGAUAGCAGUUACUAUAGAUAUUGUUUAAAAGCACACCUCAACGCAUCAGAUAUGGAUAUUAUUGUAUGGGAAUUAGCUCUCAAUGAUUACCUUGUAAACAUUGGGCCUGAUUUCCAAGAAGAUUUGACAAGGCAAAUCUUAGAAUUACCACAGCAACCGCAGCUAUUUUAUGUUAAUUUUGUCCAUCGAAUACUAUUUACCACACCACGUCCAUGCAGGGUCCUUGAAAAAGCUGGAAGCGAUCCACUGUCUGUCCAUUAUGAAAUACCGUCUGUAAGUUUGCCCAAUGCGUUGUGCACAUUGCUGAGACAAGGCCGAAAGGAUGUACUAUUAGGCAAUGACAACAAUCAUCCAGGUCGCAUGCCACACAAAAUAGCUGCGAUAUUACUUAUUCAUUUAAUAGAAAGUGGUUUUCAAAGUAUUUUAUCAUCAGAACAAAUCUAUGGUAUUGAAAAACUUCCUCUUCCACUCUUCAAUGAAUCACACACACUAUUCCCACAAUGCUGGUCGUCACUAAAAACAAAAGAAGGCAAUUAUCAUCCUUUGACACCACUUCGAUAUGAUAAAGGUUGGGCGGUGAUGGAACCAAUAACUGAGGGUGAGGAAAGCAGAAUAGACAGCAAAACAUUCUGGGGGUGUAAGAGUGAACGGGAAACCAUAGUAUUUCCUAUAAACAUUGAACCAAUUAUAAAUGUAACAGUAUUCAAUGUGCAUGUCGCGAUGCUAGGCUGCAUAGAAUGUGGUCGUGCUAGAAUUUCCGUUGAUGCUAUGAAAUACACCGAAAUCAAUGCUUACUGGGAAUGGAACGUUCCAAGAAUUUUCCAUAUUACAGCUAACGUGGGGCCAGGGAUGCAUAAUGUGACAAUAACCAGUGUUUCGAAUCAACUUAUACGACUGAUUGCUGUUAUGGCUGGAUAG